AUGGCGCCUGUGCCCCGACCAGGUAGCCUGAGAGACCCAGAUAUAGCCGAUCUUUUCUUCAAGCAUGACCCAGAAAAGAUCUUUGAAGAUCUGAGAGAGAUCGGCCAUGGUAGCUUCGGGGCAGUCUACUAUGCCAGAUGUUUGAUCAACAGAGAAAUCGUUGCCAUCAAGAAGAUGUCCUAUCUAGGCAAGCAGAGCUUGGAGAAGUGGCAGGAUAUUUUGAAGGAGAUCAGGUUUCUUCAGCAGUUGAACCAUCCAAACACCAUUGAAUAUAAAGGUUGUUAUCUCCGGGAUAAUACAGCAUGGCUGGUGAUGGAAUAUUGUCUAGGUUCAGCUUCUGAUAUAAUAGAAGUUCACAAGCGACCAUUGAGAGAAGAAGAGAUUGCUGCCAUCUGUGAUGGUGUAUUGCAUGGACUGAGUUAUCUUCAUGAACUUGGGAAGAUUCAUCGGGAUGUGAAAGCAGGAAAUAUUUUAUUAACUGAAAAUGGAACUGUGAAACUUGCUGAUUUUGGUAGUGCUUCUAUUAAAUGCCCAGCAAAUUCAUUCGUUGGAACUCCAUAUUGGAUGGCCCCUGAGGUCAUUUUAGCGAUGGAUGAGGGGCAAUAUGAUGGUAAAGUAGAUGUUUGGUCUCUAGGCAUAACCUGUAUAGAAUUAGCUGAGAGGAAGCCACCCUAUUUCAACAUGAAUGCAAUGUCGGCCCUUUAUCAUAUUGCUCAAAACGAAUCACCAACUUUAUCUUCUUCCGAAUGGUCGGAUGUCUUCAAACAUUUUGUAGAGGCUUGUUUACAGAAAUCUCCAAGUCAUCGUCCCAACUCUUCAAAACUCCUAACUCAUCAGUAUGUCACAAGGAAUCGUUCAUCUAACGUUUUGAUAGAUUUAAUACAACGUACCAAGGCUGCAGUCAGGGAUCUAGACAAUCUGAACUAUAGGAAAAUGAAAAAAAUACUGAUGAUAGAAAAUUGUGAAACUGAGAGUACUAUUGACGUUGAUGAUACUCCUGACGAACAUACUGGUGGUGAUAGUUCCAAAAGCAAUUCAGUUACUUCUGAACAAAGUGUUCAUUCUGUGGGUGUUUCUGCCAGUAGUCAAUCAAGUAGCACCAACAGUUUGCCCGCAGGUGGUGAGGAUGGAACCAGUAGAAGACACCGAUCCAUGAACCAUGCUGCUGUUGCAGUAAUAUCCGAUCAUGGAACCAACAAUUUUGCUACCAUUAGAACCACUAGUAUUGUUACCAAGCAGCAAAAAGAACACAUGCAAGAGGAGAUGCAUGAGCAGAUGUCAGGCUACAAAAGAAUGCGCAGGGAGCAUCAAAGUGCCUUGUUGAAACUGGAAGACAGAUGCAAAAUGGAGAUGGAGAGUCACAAAAACCAACUUGACAAGGAGUAUGAAGUACUGCUACAGAACUUCAGUAAGGAACUAGAGAGAUUACAGGCAAAGCAUCAGCAAGAACUUGAACGCAAGCAGAAACAGAAUGCAGCUGCCGAAAAGAAGCUAGUAAAAGAUAUAUGCAGUCGACAAGAUCUGGAUAGAAAAGCAUUUGACGCCCAUAGGAAAAAAGAAUAUAAAGCGAAUAAGGAGAGGUGUAAACGGGAACUCUCCCAAGAUGACUCUACACCAAAACGACAAAAGGAUGCUACUUUGCAAACACACAAGGACAACUUAAAGUUAAUCGACGCCCAAGAAGAGCAAAGGAUGCUUCAACUCCAAAAAGAAUAUCUCGAGCUGGAGCUGCGGAAAUUCCGACGGAAAAAACUCAUGUUGUUUCAUCAGUUGGAACAAGAUUUGCUGCGCCAAGAGUUGAAUAAGCGGCAACAUCAGUUGGAGCAGGCGCAUUCCAUGUUGCUGAGACACCAUGAAAAGACGCAGGAGCUCGAAUACCGCCAGCAGAAGGCCGUACAUUCUUUGAGAGAAGAACAGGUGAAAAACCAGCAUGACACUGAGUUGGCCAAUCAAGCAGAGUACAUGAAACGAACUGAACGUGAGAUGCGGAAGAAACAUGCUUUAGAACUAAAGCAGCAACCAAAAUCAUUAAAGCAAAAGGAAAUGUUGGUUCGGAAGCAAUUCAGAGAAACGUGUAAAGUACAAACAAAGCAGUAUAAAGCCCUCAAAGCGCAAAUUCUUCUGAACACUCCAAAGGAAAGUCAAAAAGCAGUAAUCAAGAAACUAAAGGAGGAACAGAGGCGAAAGCUAGCUCUAUUGGGAGAUCAGUAUGAAACAAGUAUUGCCGAGAUGUUACAAAAACAGUGUAUAAAACUGGAUGAAAGUCAAGAGCUUCAGUGUCAGCAGAUAAAAGAGCGUUUACAUUACGAAUUAAAAAUACUAGUAGCUUACCAAAACAAAAACAAAAUGCAGGCUCAAGCACAGAGGGAUAGGGAAAAGAAUGAGCUACAAGAGCGAGUAGCUGUCAGAAAGUCAUUGUUGGAACAAAAGAUGACUGCUGAAAAUCAGAGGUUUAUUGAAGAGAGAGGCGAAAGAAUAAGAAUUCUCCAUGAGAGGCAAGAACUGGAGCUCGUAGAUUUUGACGAUGAAUCCAUGAGGCAAGGAUUUAGUGCAUUGGCUAUAGCGGAAAUGUCAAUGGCAAUAAAUGACAUGUCACAUGACAGCUACGAAGAUGAUACCAGUCUUUCAGGUUCAAUGCUGAGUCUAGCUCAUUCCAAUAGUUCGACGAGUUUUCCGCCUAAUUCGGUAUAG